GUACGCUUGUUUAUGUCGCACACCAAAAAAUACUGUAAAUUAUCUCAGUUUUAAUUCAGUCUUUGAGCGCUUCAAAAGUAAAUAAAGAACGUUAAAUAAUGGAAAUAGAGAACGAUCCAAAUAUUGUCUAUAAAGGUGAUUUAGAUGAAUCAUUGGACUAUGCAACUUUUGGGGAUUUACUAGUCAAGUGUCUCAAGGCUGGUGGUGAUAAAAUUUCAAUGAUUGAUGGAGUAACAGAACAGCAGUGGACAUUCAAUGAUAUUUUAAGAGAAAGUAUUAAAGCUGCAAAAGCACUUUAUGGAUCUGGAAUUCGUCAAAAUGAUGUUGUCUCAAUUCUUUCUGAGAAUCGCAUUGAAUAUGCAGCUUUCGCUUAUGGAACUCUGUUUUUGAAUGCCACAAUAGCACCUACAAAUAUAGCAUACACGGAACGUGAACUUAAGCAUACACUUGACAUAACAAGACCUAAAUAUGUGAUCAUAUCGAAGGCAGCCCAAGAAGAUCUUGAAAUAGUCAAGAAUCUAAGCUAUGUUCAAAGGAUAAUCUUAUUAGACGGUGAUGUUGCUGAUGAUGGUCGACAAAUCUCUUACAAUAAUUUUAUUGAUAAAUUUGCGAGAAAUGACUUUGAUGUUGAGAGAUUUAUUCAGCAGCCAAUUAAGAUAUUUGAGCAAGUUGGAGUGAUCUUUAUGUCAAGUGGAACUACUGGUUUACCAAAAGGUGUUGAACUCUCUCAAGGCAACUUAAUCGCAUGUGCUGUUCUAAACUUUGAAAAAGUCAAGCUAGGUCUGCAACUUUUUGAGAAGCUUGUCUCGCUGUCUGUUGCACCAUGGUUUCAUGCGAUGGGAUUUAUGGGGAAGAUUUUAUGUGUGACAUCUAGUGCUUUAACGCUUGUGUAUCUUAACAAGUUUGAACCUAAGUUGUACCUUAGAUGCAUUGAGAAAUACAAAAUCGUGACCUUACAUAUUCCACCACCAAUCAUAAUUUUCCUUGCUAAAACUCCACUUUUUAGUAAAUAUGAUUUAUCAAGUCUUAAAAUAAUAGUUUGUGGUGCUGCGCCUCUAUCAAGAGAAGUUGAAGAUCAAGUAAGAGAAAGAUUCAACAAUGAAAUAUUUGUAAUGCAGGCUUAUGGACAAACGGAAGCAACACUUGGUGUUUUAUUUUGUGACGUAGUAUCAGCAAAACCAGGUUCAGUUGGUGAAUUAGUCAAGGGAACUUAUGGGAAAGUUAUUGAUGGUGAUGGAAAAAGUUUGGGACCUUAUAAAGUUGGUGAAUUAUGUUUUAAAGGUCCAUUGACUAUGAUAGGAUAUAGAAAUAAUCCUAGCGAAACAGCAAGUACAAUCGAUAAGCAAGGUUGGCUACAUUCUGGUGAUUUAGGAUACUAUGAUGAGGAUUAUCAAUUUUACAUUGUUGAUAGACUUAAGGAACUGAUCAAAUACAAAGGAUAUCAAGUUCCACCAGCUGAGCUAGAAGGAGUUUUGCUAUCACAUCCGAAAAUCAAAGAUGCUGGAGUCAUUGGAAUUCCAGACGAGGUUGCCGGUGAGCUACCAUUCGCUUUUGUUGUUAAAGAAGGUGACUUAACGGGACAGGAAGUCAAAGAUUUCGUUGCAAAAACAGUAAGCAAUCCAAAAUGGCUGCGAGGUGGUGUGAAAUUUAUUGACGAGAUUCCUAAAAAUCCAAGCGGAAAGAUUUUAAGACGAGAAAUGAAGGAACUGUACAAAAGUAUGAAAUCUAAGUUGUAGAUGUUUUCUAAAACGAUAUAAAAUAUGUUAAUAAAGUCAAUUUAACAAAUUUAUAUACUCAAAACCUAUUCUUUAAA